AAGUGAAGUGACGACCUUCUGCAGUGCAGAGCAGAGUAAUAUUACGCUAGCAAAAAUGUUAUCCCGGCGACGGCGAGACGUGAUGUUUUAAUCCUUGCAGUGCCUCUCGAGACAAAAGAUGAUCGCUCUCGUCAAGGCUGCUGUCGUGAGCGUGGCCGCCGUCAGCGCUCACGGUCACCAACACGGUCUUCGGCACACUCACUUAAAAGUUCUAACUGCUGGACUGAAGACAUUAGAAAUCCCCCCUGACUACAGUGAUGUGGUGCUCCCAGAGAAACCCAAACUGAAGUUUAUGAACAAGGUGCCCAAUUUAAAAAAAGUGAAGAAGGAGAUGAAGAGACUCCGGGACAUUCAAGGCCCGGCUCGGGCAGCAAAUACUUUCACGUCUGGACAGUAUGCGAUAGUGGCAAUGGGAGGGGGCUACAUUCAUUGGGGUCACCUAGAGAUGAUGCGUCUAACAAUUAACCGCAAGAUGGAUUCCCGUACUACGUUUGCUCGCUGGCGCAUCAAUGCCCCUUACAAGCCAAUCACGCGCAAAGGGCUGGGUCAGCGCAUGGGUGGAGGCAAGGGAGCCAUCGACCGCUAUGUGACGCCAAUCCGCUUCGGUCGCCUCAUUGUGGAAGUGGGAGGAAAGGUGGAGCUGGGGGAAGUGGAGCAUAUCUUGAUAGAAGUAGCAAAGAAGCUGCCCUUCCCCGCUAAGGUGAUGAGUAGAGCGAGCCUAGAAGCCUUCCAACAGAGGCAGGCGGAUAUGGAGGAGAACAACCAGAACCCGUGGACCUACAAGAGGAUUGCACAAGGAAACAUGCUUGGUAUCAGGAAGGUCCUCAGCCCGUUUGACCUGAUUCAUCAUGGACGCUUCACAGGCAAAUUUCACAUCCCAGGGAGGGUGUGACAGACUGAGAACAACGAUGACGUUAAUAUGUGACGACCACUGCAUUUUGGAGUACCUUGAAUAGCUUUAGCUUUUAAGAAUACUUUUUUUUUUUUUUUUUUUUUUGUAUUUGGUGUAUACAUACAUCCUCUUGGUCUGAGCCUGACAAAUUCACUCAUUAUUGAGCUUAAAUGUUUUGUAUCCUCAAUAAAACCAGUAAGUCAAAGUGAAAUAUUUGAAUACAAUUACACACACUUGCAAUUGAAACACAAACAUGUUCAUGUGAAAACCGUGUAUGCAAAACUGGUUUUUCAGUUAAAGAUUAAAUUUUGCUCAACAACG